CUGGCCAGUCCCACCACCGCCAUUCUCCCGGGCUGCACAGAUUCUCCUCAGAAGAACACUGUAAAGUCACUGGUGACAAGAAACUUCACGACACAUCAUGGGGCACAGUUUCCAAACUAAUAGCCUUCAAAGAAGAGUAUGAUGCCGGGGUAAUUUCCGAAGAUUUAUCAACUCCAUUGAACACAUCAGUGAUAGAAUGCAUGCUGCAUUCCUCUGGCAGCAAGGUGGAGAUCCAUCACUGAGUAAUGCCUACAUGAACUCUCGAGGAAAAUACACUCCAUAUACCAUCCCAACUCGUCAUCAGAGAAUCAACUUACAUAAGCAUGACCAAAUGUAUGCUAACACGGAGGAAGGGCCAAAACCCGCAGAGAGACAAAUGGAGGGGAAUAAGCAACAUGAGACCCCACAGAACUGGUUCAAGAUCACAAUUCCAUUCGGCAUAAGAUAUGAGGAGAAAUGGCUGCUGAAUUUGAUUCAGAGCAAAUGUAGUAUCUCUUUCAAUCCGGUGGAGUUUCACUAUGAUAAAAUGCAGGCCCAUUUUUUUGUUGAGAAUGCUGACAUUGCCUUUGAACUGAAAAGUAUCAGUGACAAGAUUUGGGACGAGAAUUGUGAUAAGAUAUCAAUCUUCAUCAGCCCCUGUGAUAUACCCCGCUCUGUCAAGGAGCUGAAGUCAGAAAAGAUAGAUCAAACAAAGCUGGAUGCUUUCCAGCCUUCUGAUUCUCUUCAUUUGCUUCCUGAAGACUUAAUGACUCAUACCACUGACAUGGCACCGAUUCCUAGAAGUUGCAUGACUCUUUCCCUGAAUAUUCAUGAAACGAAUAUGACCCAGCUUUUGCCCUUGAACCAGAGUCACAAGAAACCUUAUAGGCUGCUUGGCCUGUCAGAUACUAUGCCAAUGUCCUCUAAUACUGAAAUACAGGAUGUCUACAAAAAUGAGGUGAAAUCUGCAGAGGCAAUGGUCAAGGAGAAAAACCUGAAUCCAGGAGAAGUACAUGAAGACAGAAGCUCUCUGUGCACAACCACCCUGGAUAAGUCCAAUAACAUAAACUCUAUUCUGGAAUUGUUCCCCAAGUUAUUAUCCCUGGAUGAUCAGGGAUCACCUAGAUCAACUGCCUGUAACCCUGAAGCCAGUAAGAACUUGCCAACUUGCAAGGGAAGUUUCUUUGGAUCUGAGAUAGUAAAGGCUUUGGUUCUAGAGUUCCUACAACAGUAUUACUGGAUCUAUGACCAUGGAGAUCGACAGGGACUCCUCAGUGCUUACCAUGCUAAGGCUUACUUCUCUUUAAGCAUUCUCUUCACUUCCUUGGAUUCAUCCCCGAGCAGCUUGUGUGAGUACUUAAAGUACAGUAGGAACAUGAAGACGCUCAAGGAUCCUUAUAUGCGGAGGUACCUGCUGAAGCACAAGAAAUGUGACAUUAUUUUCUCCCUUUGUGCAUUGCCCAAAACUCAGCAUGACCUCACUUCCUUUGUGGUGGACAUAUGUUUCCAGACUGAAAGAAUGGUCUGCUUUUCUGUCAAUGGGAUGUUCAUGGAAGUGGAGGGAAGGUUUCAGGGAUGCAUUCGUGCCUUCACACGGACCUUCAUUGCUACUAUUGGCAGCAGUUCCAACCUGUGUAUUAUCAACGACAAGCUGUUUGUGAGGAAUGUCCAAGAGCUCCCAAGUGCCAUCAUUCCCAUGGCUACACCUUCCUCCAGCUAUUUGCCUGACCUCUCCCAGGAGCAGCAGGAAACAGUGCAAGCAUUCUACCCUCAGUCUGGGAUGAAUCUUCAGUGGUCCCAGAAGGUCCUCCAUGACAGCCACUGGAAUUACCAAAGACCCAUACAAAGUCUUACUCUGCCCAGGGCACAGGACCCAAUUCAAGAGAAGCUUCUCACACUAAAAGAUCUAGAAUCUUGA